GUACAUUUUAAUAACUACUGUAGUCAAGCAUGAGCUCAAACACACUCUCUGCUGUGUUAGAGAAGCUGAUCUGCCGCCUCUGUCUGAAUGACUUUCCCUGCGGAUUUGGCAGCUGGUACUGUACAGAGGGAGCAGAGACAGAGGAGACAGAUGCUCUUCUGGAUCUCCUGAACUGUCCUCACUCGCCAUGGAGACACGAUGAAUCCUGGAGCCCACAAGCUCCUUCACUGAGGCAGCUGGCAUUGAUCUCACCUGAACGGCUGCACGCUGACUUGAUUUAUAAUUAUUUCACUGCAUUACGCAUCAUAGACAAGGGUGUAUCGAUCAUCGAUGAUGGCCUGGUAAAGUUUGCCAAGUUGGAGGAAUUGGUGCUAAGUGCCAACAAACUCACAGAAAUCCCUGCAGAAAGCCUCCCUCCCACUUUGAAGGUUUUGGAGCUCCGUGACAAUUGGAUAUCAUCUCUGAGUUGUCUAACUAAAUGCCCGCCGCCUCAUCUGCAGUAUCUUGGCCUUGGUUCAAACCAUCUGGGUUUCCCUGAUGAUGUCACUCAUCUUACCAGGAAACACUGGCCACAGCUGGUGUGUCUGGACCUGAGUGAUUGUGAGUUUCAGGACCAUCGGGCCCUGUUGAAUGCCUUGAGGACCCUGUCCUGCCUCAGGACACUGGUGCUGGUGGGAAACCCCUUCACUCUAGCCCCCUCCUACCCCGGUUUCACUGUGGACACCCUCCCACGGCUGUCAUGUCUGGACACUUCAUGGAUCUCACCUGCAGAGAGACAUCACUUCAGGGGCCUGGCUAAAAUGACUGAUCUAAUACAGGACCGAGCACUAGCCACAGUGAGUGUGGGACGGCUGAGGGGAAUCUCAGACCCACUGAUAAGCCUGGAUGAUUUUCCUGUUGUCACCUACAGCUAUUUUGUCACAUACGACUUCUUUAGUCUUCAAAUUCCUGCCAUACAGAACACCGAUAGCAACUCAAAAAUGGAAGCACCAUGCGUGAUGGAAGCUGACUUCAAUGAUGGUGAACUGCAGUUAAACUAUGACCAAGAAAUGAAGAAACCGCAUGUUGGAACAUCAGCGGUGAAAAGUGGUGACACAGCAUAUGCUCUGGUGUAUGAUGUUUAUCAAACCCAAUCUCUUAUGCAUUUUGAGAGAAUUUUUUGUGAUGCUAAUUAUAUACAUGCAGUGCCCACAGAGUAUGAGAGUCACUCCUUUUCUUCAGUAUUACAGCACAGCACAUCAAAACUAACAUGGACAGAGUGCAUGGACUUCAGAGACACACAGACAUACGUUGUUAGUGAUCUGGGAGGCUUCAAGAGUUUUCUCAACCAAGGCAUGAGUCUUAGAAUAGAAGAAGAAAAGGUCUUAUCGUGGCCUGCAGCUCCUGAGGAAACUAAAGGAGGGAAAGGGAAAGAAGCUCCAGUCAAAUCCAGUUCAAUAAAAGACAAGUCUAAAGACAAAAAGAGGAGGUCUGUAGCAGAGCUGGUCCAUGACACCCCGAUCAGAAGAACUGUGGGUUCUAUUCACGUCCCCCUGCAAAGCCUGGUCAAAGGAGGCCAGAAAGUGGACAUGCUGUGUGACUUUGGUGUCCUGUAUGCAGAGGCUGGAGUAGAAGCUGCACAAACUCCUGAAAAGGCAGAUUUAAGUGCCAAAAAGGAUUCAUUAAAGAAAAUCAAAGAGGAGAGGAAGAAAGAGGACAAGGAGUCAAAGCAGCAUGGAGGCAGCGGUGGACAGAAGACAGCUGCUGCUAAAGGUUACACCAUCACAGAUACAGGGUCAGGGAGGGUUAACCCUUCUCAAGUCAUUCACCCUUCUGUUGAGCGUGAUGCAGACGUCCAGACAGAAAACUCCACAUCCAUCCAACUGGAACCAGUGACUGUGGAGCUGAGUGUGAAACUGGAGAAAUGGCAGACGGCUUCAGAAGCUCACCAACUUCCGCUGCCACAUGAAACCUCCUGAAGCUCCUUUAUAAAGCAGAUUUAUU